AGUUGAUUUGCUCUACAUUAAUGGUUGCAUCCUGACAGUGAAUAUAUACAUAAAGAACGCUUACUGUUCAAGAAGUAAAAAUCUGCAAUACUACUUUUAUUUUUACUUCAGCUUGACAAGGUGACUAAGCAGAAAGAUGAAGACAAAGAGACACAGUAAACAACAUUUUGCUUUCUUUGCUGUGGUAAUCUUUUCUUUGUAUUUUCAUGCAAGUGCAAAUCAUACUGGUCAUCCCAGGGUUAUAAACGAUAUCUGGAAUUCUAUCAGCCCAAACCCAAGUGGAAGCCUGAACACAACUGAAGCUAGUACAAACUUGCCUUUAAGCAGCAAUUUCAGCAGCAAAACAACGGCUACUUUUGAGAUGCAGCCUGCCACCUCUCAACCCUUAUCUUCAACAGUGGUCCCAAAUCCUCCAACAGUUUCUGCUACUGGAGGACCUAGGAAUACUGCAAAACCCAAGACUACAAUAACAAAAGAAACGUGUGAAGACAAUAAGCCUCUUAUACUGAUUUGCUUCAUUAUAAUAGCAGUACUCGUGCUUAUCUGCACCUUCUUAUUUUUAUCAACGGUCGUAAUAGCAAACAAAAUGGCCUAUCUCAAAAAAAUUAAACAAGGCAAACGUCUGCCCAGGAGCAACGGUGAUUUUCUGGCUGCUAACAGUUUAUGGCCAACCGGGGCAGGAACGUGGCAGAGGAUGCCCAAGGAGGCACCUGGAACAGACUUGAUAACGCAAGACUUAAUAUCAGAGAGAGAUGCCAUAAUGCAACGGAGAACUGAAGAUGGAACUACCGAGCAACUCGCUAAGGAAACAGCUAAUGAACAGGACAAAAAAGAGCCAACAUCACAGGAAAGCAUUUUAACCAAUUUUGUAGUUGAAAUUUAAAUCAUAAUCAGGUAAAAACUCAUCUUUUACCUUUCUACCUCAUUCAUAAGAGGUAAAAAUUCAGCUUUCAAGUAACAACAUGAAUUGUAACACACAAAAACUAAGAUCAGAUCUUAUGCGGGCUUUUUCAUUUUAUGAUAUCAGGAAUGCUGCAGCAAUUUGUUGUUCUACAAGGGAGUAAGACUGUUUUAGGUAGCUUUUAGAAAUAGUGUCAAGACUGGUCUUACUCCUUUGACCAGAAAUCAUGGUAGAAGGAGCUGAACAGGAUAAAACAACAGGACAGAAAUUUGCCUAGUCUCAAAGAUGAUUAGGGGAAGAAGGAAAGGACUGCUAGUCUAGUAGGCAUGCCAUGCCACAGAGUGCUACAGAGGGGUAUCCAAGCUGCUAUUCACGGACGUGUAAUGCGGUCACUAUUUUAUUUGAUGCAGUUACCAAAUCAGGAACCAGCGUCUCAAAAUGCCCUUUCAGUUUUUUUUCCAUUAAAAACUUCUUACACCAGCUUAAUUGCUUUUGAAACAGACUGAGAGCAACCACAUAUAUUGUGCUUUGAGUCUGCGCAUGA